AUGUGUGAUACAAAUGAUUUUUGGAAAGAAGACUCUGGCUCAGUGGUUCAGGAACCAGACCGUCGAUCGAACUGGGGAAGCCCUCCCAUCACUACUCUCAAGCCUGGACUCAGCCGAAAUCAUUGCGGUCUAUUCCAUCCGCAACAAGGUCCGUCGCAGUCAACAGGAGUUCGUUGUGGUUAUGGUUGGCCAUUCAUAUUUUUGCACCUGCCUCUUGCUGCAAAACACGGGGAUUGUGUGCAGGCGCUUCUUUUGCGUGACGCAAGGGGACAGCAGGCGCAGUCUCGUUCUCAAGCGCUGGUUCAAGGAGCAGUGGCAGGAUCUGGAAGGUUUCGAGACGAAAGGUCACCCCGCCAGCACUUGUACGAGGAGUGUGCACACCUUGUUCUCUACAGAAUCCUCGACACCGCAGCCAAGGAAGGAGGAGCGACUGAGGAAGAAGCGCAUCAGCGAGAUGUCGCAACUAUCCAAAGAAUUCCAUCCCGCUGAAACAGACCUUGAACAA